AUGUCAUAUCACCUUUAUCAUAUAGAAAAUGAUCUCCAACUUCGUGCAAUACUUUGUAUGGUGCCAUUCAUUAAUUUAACAAAAAAAAUUUGGGAACUUGUGCUUGAUGCUUUUGAAUCUGCAAAUCCUUCUAAACAUCCAAUAUUUGAAUUCUGUAGUAAUUUAAACAGUGAAGGAAUUGAUAAAUUAUUUAUAGCAUAUGAUAUUGGAAUUGAAAGAUUGCAAACAAUAGUUAACCAAGAAAUUCUUUUAACUGAAAAGCAUACAACUGUUAGAAGGAAGGCAAGAAAUAUAGUGCGCUUUACAGUUGCUAACAUUAAUAAAAUGAGAAAGGGAAAAGAAGGGAAAAGAGGAGAAGAUCGAGAAAUAGGAAGACCAAAGGAUAGACCAAGAGGUAAACCAAGAGGUAGACCAAAAGGUAAACCAAGAGAGAGAAGACAAAGAGAUAUUAACGAAGAGAAAGCAAACGAAAAUUAUUAA